GGUUAGGAAUGGAGAAUUACUAGAUCAACAUUAAUAUUAUUGAGUGAGUGAGCCAUUUUUUCUCUAUCUAGAGAUAGAAGGUUUUGAAUCAUGUCUCUAAUUGGAAAGCUUGUGAGUGAAUUAGAGAUCAAUGCACCUGCUGAGAAAUUUUACAAAAUAUUCAAACAUCAAUGUUUUCAUGUUCCCAAUAUAACCCCCAAAUUCAUUCAACAAGUUGAAAUCCAUGAUGCUAACUGGGAUGACCAUGACCAUGGCUCUAUCAAGACUUGGUAUUACACUGUUGAUGGCAAGGCAGAAGUUUUCAAGGAACAGGUCGAGUUUCAUGAUGAUAAAUUGUUGAUAAUCUUGGUUGGGCUGGAAGGAGAUGUGUUCAACCAUUAUAAAAGCUUUAAGCCAGCUUACCAAGUUGUGCCCAAGGGUCCUAACCAUUGCCAGGCAAUUCUGACUAUAGAGUAUGAGAAACUUAAUGAUGGGUCUUCUUAUCCUUACAAGUAUAUUGACCUCAUGAAUGGUAUCACUAAGGACAUUGAAUCCCACAUGAAUUAAGUGUUCAAGUGUGGCUUCUUAAUUUGUUGUGUGAAGUAAAGUUUUAUUUUGUUUUGAAGUCAUUUUCGUGGGGUUGAAUAUGUAUCUUUGCUACUUUGCUUUUGUAUUUCUAUAAGCUAUAUAUAUGGUUUGUAUUACAUGUACAAAGUAAAUAAAAUCCAAGCUAAGGGUCAUCCCUUGUUUAUGUUUCGUUAUUAAUUUCCUUUGUAAUUGUUUAAUCCAAGACAACUCAAUUGUUUCUUUCUUA